UCCAUUUUCUUCAGUUUGGGUUUAAAUCGACAGUACGCAAGUCAAGCGAAAAUGAAAACCUCGGGCUUUAUGGUAAUCAUCUGCUUGCUUUUGCUGGAAGGCAAUGUGGCAGAGAAAGUGACUAUGCUGGAUCAGUGCACUGGAUGUUUUUUCUCAGCUCUCCAGCCAUUGCUCGGACUAGAGUUUCAAGAGGCAGCAGAUGACAAAAAUGUAGCAAAAGACAAAAUACACUCAUUAGAGUUGACCAUCAGCAAUUUGCAGAGCCAGUUACUAAAUAGUGGGACGGAAAUUAAAAACAAAGAAGAGCACAUCAAUGAUCUCAGAGAGCAAAUCCAGGGCAAAGAGGAGCAAAUGAACGGAAAGGACGAACAAAUCAAAGAUCUUAUAAAGCAAAUCCAGGGCAAAGAGGAGCAAAUAAACGGAAAGGACGAACAGAUCAAAGAUCUUAUAAAGCAAAUCCAGGGCAAAGAAGAGCAAAUAAACGGAAAGGACGAACAGAUCAAAGAUCUUAGAAAGCAAAUCCAGGGCAAAGACGAGCAAAUGAACGGAAAGGACGAACAGAUCAAAGAUCUUAUAAAGCAAAUCCAGGGCAAAGAGGAGCAAAUAAACGGAAAGGACGAACAGAUCAAAGAUCUUAUAAAGCAAAUCCAGGGCAAAGAGGAGCAAAUAAACGGAAAGGACGAACAGAUCAAAGAUCUUAUAAAGCAAAUCCAGGGCAAAGAGGAGCAAAUAAACGGAAAGGACGAACAAAUCAAAGAUCUUAUAAAGCAAAUCCAGGGCAAAGAGGAGCAAAUAAACGGAAAGGACGAACAAAUCAAAGAUCUUAUAAAGCAAAUCCAGGGCAAAGAGGAGCAAAUAAACGGAAAGGACGAACAAAUCAAAGAUCUUAUAAAGCAAAUCCAGGGCAAAGACGAGCAAAUGAACGGAAAGGACGAACAAAUCAAAGAUCUUAGUAAGCAAAUCCAGGGCAAAGAGGAGCAAAUAAACGGAAAGGACGAACAAAUCAAAGAUCUUAUAAAGCAAAUCCAGGGCAAAGAGGAGCAAAUGAACGGAAAGGACGAACAAAUCAAAGAUCUUAUAAAGCAAAUCCAGGGCAAAGAGGAGCAAAUGAACGGAAAGGACGAACAAAUCAAAGAUCUUAGUAAGCAAAUCCAGGGCAAAGAGGAGCAAAUGAACGGAAAGGACGAACAAAUCAAAGAUCUUAGUAAGCAAAUCAAGGAAAAAGACGAGCAAAUCUUGCUUGCCAAAAUAAUCGAUCAGCCAUCGCAAACUAAUCCAACGGCGGAGAAUCUUCCCGACACAUGUCCCAGAGGCUGCCCAAAUGGCAUUUUCCAGAUAAAGGUCAGGGGAAUCGAUCCGUUCGAAGUUCCCUGCGAUACGUCCGGAUGGACGGUCAUUCAAAGGCGAAUCGACGGCAGUGUGGACUUUAAUCGAAAGUGGGAGGCCUACAAAGAGGGAUUUGGAGACAUGCGCGGAGAGUUCUUCAUUGGGCUGGAAAAAUUGCACUUGAUGACCGCAGCUCAGCCUCAGGAAUUGUAUAUAGAACUCCGAGAUGUUAAUGGAACUUAUCGUCAUGCCAGAUAUGACAACUUCAGUGUGGGCAGCGAAGAAGAAAACUUUAUUCUCAAAUCCCUGGGUGAAUAUUCGGGAAAUGCAGGAGACUCCCUAAGGAUUCACGAGGGAGCAAAGUUCGCUACUUUGGAUAGGGACAUUGUUCGUUGCGUUUUUCGGUACGACGGUCCGUGGUGGUUUAAGAGAGCGAAUUGCGGCAUAAGUUCGUUAAACGGUAUAUAUUACGAAGAUGGUACCACCUAUAAAGCAAAUGGAAUUUUUUGGGGCCAUUGGACCAUUCCGGCUGAUUUCCACAUUUCACUGACUUUUGUGAAAAUUACUAUAAGACCUAAGCGUCCGCAGACGUGAGAAAUAAUAUAUCAAAAUAAGCUUAAAAUCUUCGUUGGAUCGAGAAAAUGUAAACUCAAUAAAAUCGU